AUGGAGCAUGACGACGACAGUGAGUGGCUUGCGUUCUGCAUGAAAGUGGAAGAACAGGAGCUGAGUGCCAGUCCGUGGUGUUUUUCCUCAGAGGUUGUCUCUCCGGCGACCCCCGUUUUGCUUAGAAACGCUACCACGGAGGCAGAGCCGACCCUUGAGACACUGUCUGCCUGCUCCCCGAAAAACUGUCUGAGAGUCCAGACAGAGCAAGGAAGUACAAGCGACACGGUAAAACGCUUCGCCUCUGAAGUGUUGCAUACAUGCCACAAACGCGGGCCGGGUCUCAUCACCGAACCAAUCUGUACUGUCAGUCAAGAGGAACAAGAGACUUUGCGUCCAGCGAAGACUGCAGCAGAUACCACACCUGAGAAACAGCACGGAGACAAAUUCAGAGAAGUCCCUUUAGAAAUCAUAAAAGGUCGGUCCAUCAAAAGCGAGCACAGCAGCGAACCAGGUGACCCCAACUCUGACAAGCUUGAGGUGAGCGUGGGCGAGAAAUCUGCUUCCGAUUCCACAACAGAGUGCCGCAUCAAACCUCCUGCCACGCGUGGUGCGCGGUCAGCACCAACCAGCUACGCUUCCGUAUUCCCCGUUGCGAUUGGCGGCAGAACUCCCUUGAAGUGUGUAUCGGGACAAUCGCCAGAGCCUGUGCCAUCGAGAACGACUAAUUCGCAUGAGCCAGUUUGCAGAUUUCCCACCCGCCAGAAUGGCGACGAUGGGCGUGCGGAAUGUCCCGAGGCUUCAAAUGGCCUCUUCGAAUCUAAUCUAGCGAAUGAAGAGCAGGCCACAAAUACGGGACUUAUUUGUGAACCAAUGGGAGUUGGAGGACUUCGGUGUCGGGAGCGCCUUUUCGACUUUACAAAGCCCAGAGGCCAGGCUGAGAGGGCAGGGGGCUGGGGAGGUCGCCGCACCUCCCGUGGCAGUAUCAGAGAGGGCGUCGGAGCUACACAGAUCGGAAGAAAGCUGCGUUUGUUUGCAGAGUUUGUAACGGAAAGAAAGAAAAAAGACGAAGAGCGGGUCGAAAGGCAGAAAACUGUCCGAGCAAUUCUCAAUAUUGCAGCUAGGAUGAGCGAGCGCCGGAGGCCCACGCGAGGAGAUUCAGAGGAGAGUAAUACCCAGAAAUGGGCUUCAGUACAGGAAAUGUCAGACGCAGCAGAACCCGAGCACUUUUGGAUGGACAAAGAUAUGCAAUCUGGCUGUUCUACGCCGGCGUCCGCAGCUGCGAGUGCACUGCCACAAGGCAACUCUCUUGUUACGGAGAUGCCUGAGAAUCUUCAGUGUCGAAACAACGUAGGAGCGCCAAAACAACCACGAAACUUAAGACUGAAUCCCAGUGACGAGGGAGGGAGCAAGCCGCUACGGUAUGAAACGAACUUAGAUCUUCUUUCGAGAACACGUACGGCGGAGAAAAGGCAUGCCGAUGAAGACAGAAAUUCCCUCCUUCGAAAAUACCUUUCAGCCCUAGAGGCGGCACAGACCGCGUGGCUGCGGGCUCAACGAGAACGCUUAGACACUCAGCGUUUUCGCGUUCUUGCAGUUUUGGGGGUUGGAGCAUAUGGACUUGUUCGUCUGGUGCAAGAUCGCCAAACGGGGGAGAAAUUUGCUCUGAAGCAAAUGGAGAAACGCGCCGUCAAGAUGAAGAACGAAAGGACGCGUUUGUACGCAGAGCGUCACGUCCUCGCAGAAGUCGUUAGCCGGCACAUCGUCAAGCUUGUCUGCACAUUCCAAGACAUGCGGUAUCUUUACCAGGUUUUGGAGUACCUUCCUGGCGGUGACCUCAUGACUCACUUGGUUGCCUGCGGCCGGUUCUCUGAGGAGACAACAAAGUUCUACAUUGCUCAGUUGAUCCUCGCGGUGCACACCGUUCACCGACUUGGUUACUUACACAGGGAUAUCAAGCCGUGCAACAUUGUUCUAGAUGAUAAGGGCAACUUAAAACUUCUCGACUUUGGGCUCUGCGCCUACUACCAUUCCCCCUGUGAUUUCUCCAGUUCUGGCAGCACCACUCAUAGUGAAUUCUCCGACACGGGAAGCACAGGCACGCUAGAUCCACGCCUAGCAACACGAGGAAGCGAGAAAACGCAUUCGAAGCAAUCAGCGGAAUUUGUAGUGUAUGGGCAGCGAAGCAAAAAAGGAGUUGAGAAAACUUUCUCUCUGCAGGCUUCAGCUGUUUCGUGGAAAUUAAGGCCUCCGCGCCUGUUACACGAUGAGAUAGUCGAAGGCGUGACAUCGUGCUCCGCGGGUGCUCCAGAAGAACCUAAUGAGUUAGAGGAAAAACAGGAGCAAAGAGGGGGGCUAAUCGCUAGUAGUUUUGCGGACAAUAAUCAUGCUUCUACGUCUGCGAUGCUUGCCUCCACUCCUGCCAGUCCCCUUUCUUCCCAUUUAGCAGCGUCGCCGAACUGUUGCCACUCGAAGGAGCUCGCUCCCCCUGCCCCUGCCUCAUCAGCCUCCCCCACGUCAGAGUUUGUCUUCCACUCUCCGCCUACUCUUUCGCCCGCGAGUCACACUUCUCGAUCUUGCGCGCGUGCUUUUCCAGAAAUCCAGAGUUGUGCAUAUGAAAGUCGCCGAGCAGAUGCCAAAGAACUCGUCGGGGAAGAACUGGCACCCGACGCUGGAUCCACGAGCGAAAAAAUCCCCCCUUGUGACGGCAGUGAAGGACGACCAUCUGAGGGCAGUCUGAUACUUCCUCCUUCCCCAGGCAUUCCUCUAGAAGGCAAGGAUAUACCAGAAACCCCAAUAGAUCGCGACCAAACGCUUCCUUCACGUUCCAUAACUGCUUCGACACAGGAAACCAGUUUCAAUCUUUAUUGCGGAACCAGUCUUUGUCAAGCCACACCACCAGACAACUCUUUGUCUGGCGUUUCCUCAGUUCCCUUUUCUACAACUUCAAACCCGUUCUUUCUGCAUUCUGCUACCCAACAACCGCCUUCCGCUCUGUCCCCGAAUCAACAGGCGGUUCCCCAGAAUGAAGUCCGCCCUGCCGGCUUUCAGGCGCCCGCUCCGGCUGUGACUAGUUUCGUCUCCCCAGGGCAAAGUUCGCCGACCUUUGAUUUGUCAUCAUCGUCUGUCUUCGAAACACCGAGCGCGGCCAGGGUGGUGGGUUCCGAAGCUAACUGGAAGGAGGACGAAAAGCCUCCCUUGAGCAACAUCUCUUCAGAGUUUUCUUCAGAUCUUUCGUCCGAUGUCCAACACAGAGGCAUGCCGGCAAGUGAACUCGGUUCUCCUCUACGUCCGUGUGCUUCGUCGGGUGCCUCCGCUGCUUCAUGUCCUCACGUUUCUCCUGUCUCUCCUCUGAGCUUCACUCCCUGUUACUCUGGUCCCGCGUCUCCUCCCCUUUCGGUGACUCCUUCCUCCCCUCGUUUGCAGUCGCCUUCUUCGCCGCGCUGCGAUUCCUUGGCGACUCCCGAUGCUUCUGCCUUUUCUUUUCCACGUCUGUCUGGUGCGCUGGCCGUGCCUACUCCCGAGACAAUCCACGGGUCGCCAUCAGCAGAAAAACGAAGUACUCCAGUGGAACCAAAAGCACCGACAGACGGAGGCGAGCACUGCCAUGACGCCUUGAACGAAACUGCGCCUUCUCCAGCUCCAUCCACUCUGUCUCCAGCUUCUUCCCCGACACAUAUUUCUCGUCUGGAGGCGUUGUCCCAAGUCGGGACGCCGCACUACAUGGCGCCAGAGGUGCUUGCAGGUCUUCCCUACUCGUUUCCGGCGGACUGGUGGUCGGUGGGAGUUAUCCUGUUUGAGUGCAUCUACGGGGGAGUGCCCUUCAACACUCCCAGCUACAACCCGCAGUUGCUGUCCUACAUCAUCAUCAACUUCCGUCGCUUUCUGACGCUUCCAAAGCACAGCGGCCCCGAAAAAGUGCGAGUCUCAGCUGCAUGCAGAGAUGUUAUUCAGGGAUUGCUAUGUGAACCGGAACAACGGUGGGGGUUCGAGGAACUCCGUCAGUCUGCGUGGCUCCGAAACAUCGACUGGGAAGCCUUAGGUCGCGGCGUAUGGAGGAACCGGGAGAGAAGAACACACAAGGGAAGUGACGGAGCAAACAGCGGCGGCGAAAAGCCCACUGGUGACAGUGAGAGAAUGAUAUCGAUGGAAAAAACUAAUGCAGCACAAGCCGAGGGUGCAGCCGCGGAAGUCGACAAAGUGCGAAUUAAACAGAGCAGUCAGGGAAACCCGACACUUGCCGACCCCCGGGACGAACCUUCCCUACAGGACACUACGGAGGGCGGAAUAUCUGCUCCACAAAACGAGCAGGGUACGAAUACGUCGAGAGAAACUGACAGCAGAAUAGAAACAACCGUCUUUAAACGUAGCUCAAGGGAAGAAAUACCUGGCAUCAUUAACGGCAUAGCCCCUGCCGCUCGCGGACAUCAAGCUGUUCCACGCUGUUCAAGCAACGAAAAGUCUAAAAGAGAACACAUUCCCUGGGACAACGAACGCGGCUGCGUAGCUGCUGAGGAGGUCGAGGAAGAGGAUGUGACAGAAGGACCCUUGAAGCUUCCGUCGAAUGCCGUACCCGUCGGCCUUUCACCCGCGGCAUUCUUCAACAACGGCGACAGGGAAAGCCCAUCUCGCGUCCUCCCUUCCUGGUGUCGAUACACCCCAGGCAUGGCUGGCCGACUAGACGGUUUGCCUGCGAAGGGCCCGCAGAACGCAGCCACGGGAGCACAGAACGCCGCGCAGCCACUGGAAGCCACGCGUUUCGGUGUGGAGCACGGAACACACCGACGACCCACCGCAAGAACGCAGAAUCUGCGUACUGACUCAGCGGAAUCAAAUCCAGGUCGUGAGCCUCGUGAGGCAAUAAAGCAACCUGCAACAGCCAGAAGACAACGGAAUCCCAGUAACGACCAAGCUGCAGGUGAACACUUUGGAGAAGAACUGAAAAGUGCCCUUUGCCUCAAAGACGAAUGCAGUAAGGCUGUUUUUUGCACCGUGAAGGCAGGAGGCCCUGGCACAAAACGAGCGGUACUGAACAAAGACGGUAAACCUCGCAACGAAAAUCUGCGGGCAACACCGCCCUGGGGGUCGCAUGCCUCAACGGACGCGAACGACUGGCUGAAGCUCCAGCCGUUCAGACCCAAAGACGAGGUGUUGAAAGAUCUGCGUUUCCUCAAUUUCACGUUCAAGCGUGAGGAAAAGGACUACGAGGCUGGCGUGUGGGCGUUGGAAGAGAAAAUUAGGCAAAUCGUGAUGAGCGACUGUGAAACGGUGUGUAGAGACGGAGAACUCGGAACUUAAAACGGAAAACCGGGAUCCAAUGCAGAGGUUCGCUCAGGGAGAUGACCAGAAACGACAAAGAGAAAGGUUCGGUGACUGUGCGUUCGUAAGAACGCGUCACCAGACGGUUGUUUCGAAAGAGGAACAGGUGGACCGUGUAGGUAACCCUGCUGUCUCCCCCGAAGGAACACAUACAUCCUGACCAAGUCAACGACAGUAGAUAUACAACCCAAGGCAAAAAUCGUAGAUUGUCCCACGAACACUGCUCGACCUGAAGAUAUAGAGUUUGCGGGACUGCGCCGAAAAACCAGCUGUGAGAGUAGAGCGCGUGUACCUCUGGAUGCCCGAAGAACGAUAAGAUUCGUUGAUAGAGUCCGCUGCUUGUUGACUCUCUCAUUGCCCAGGCGGUGCUGUGACACGUCACAUUCCGUCUUUAGAAACGGAAAACUAGAUGAAGUUCAUUGCUUUUAUGGUGGGCGAGAUCCGAAAAAGUGCCUGUUGCACAUAGCUUUAGAACUAAAGUGCCACAUAAGACGAUAACGUACCGCCAGCGGUCCCGAGCGACUCU